CAGAAAAGUUCAAGUUUCUACCUUGAUAUAUUUGGUGGGAAAUCCGGCCCGAGAUUAUGAAGGUGGCUGCGGGAGCAAGAGGAGAUUGGGCCAAAUGCAAAGGCGGUUCAAGUUAGGGGAUGGCUUGUUAACCAAGAUGGACCUAGAGAUGUUGCAGCGGGAUGAGUUUUCCACGGUGGGGGCUUUCGCGACGGCGUUUGAAAAGAUGGCAAGAAAAGUCCCAGGGUUGGUUGAAGAAGAGCAGUGUGCAACCUUCCUGGGGCACUUCAGGAAUUGGGAGGCUUCUGCACUGACUAAGAAGGCUGCGCCAGGGAAGAAGUUGACCUGGGCCGCCAUAAAAGAAGGCGUGCUAGAAGGGGAAUUGGACCACGUGGACAUCUUCCAAAUGCCACAGGCUAGGAAGAAGAGGAAGGCUUUGGAUGCCUCGACAAGUGACGGGAGAGAUUUUAAGAGAAUGGUAGAGGAUGCUGUUGCCCAACUCGAUGUAGAAAAGGAGGCAAGGGCAGCAAGAAAGGCUAUGGCGGCACCGCAGACUCAGGGAAAGGCAAAGAAGGCGGUGGAGCAAGAGGAGGAAGAAGAGGAAGAGGAGGAGCUUGAGCCUCAAAAGCUAACAAAAGCACAGAGGAAGGCCAAAAAUCUGGCCUAAGGCGGACAAGGCUCAGGAAGAGGACAGAGCCCGCAAACAACAGCACUGCCUCCCCCGGAGUAUGGUCAAGCCGCGCCAGCACCCUAUGGGCCGUGGCCGGGUUAUGGACCUCCAAAUCUUUGGCCUGGGCACUGUUCAUACGUACCAUGGCCGAUGAGUGGACCACAUGGAUCAUGCGUGGGAGCGCCGCUGAGCGCGGCUUACUGCGGGUGUUCAGGACCCCAGACUCAACAAGUAAGCCACCCGAGCCCCUAGCCAAACCAACCUCAACAGCCGGCACCACAGGGGUUGCAGGGAAAUCAAGGCGGUGAACGUCG